AUGGGAUCCACCGUGGCUGCGAAAUCAAAGAGCCUCCCACCAGGGAUUUACCCACCAGUCAUCUCCCUUUACAAGGCAAACUCUCGUCAAGAAGUUGAUCUAGAUGCCUCGUAUAAGUUUUUUACAUACUUGAUCCGUGGCGGAGUUAAUGGCCUUGUACUGGCGGGGACCAAUGCAGAGGCUGUUCUUCUCUCCCCAGAAGAGCGCAAGGAGCUUGUCAGAGUCGCGAAAAAAGCUGCUUCGGACCUUGGUAAACCUGAGCUGCCAGUGGUUGCGGGAAUCAGCGGGCAAUCAACAAAUGAGUCGAUUCGCCUCGCAGAGGACGCAUUGAGUGCUGGUGCCGAUUUUGGGUUAUUGCUUCCCCCCAACUACUGGGCUAAGGCUGUCACAAAUGAGGUUCUCUUGAGUUUCUACCGAGAUGUUGCGGAUGCAACAGAGCUCCCAAUUGUGGUUUACAGUUUCCCUGCUAUGUGCAACGGCGUCGACAUGAAUUCCGAUACGCUAUCCGAACUCGCCAAACAUCCGAAUAUUGUUGCUGUGAAAUUGACCUGUGGAAAUGCUGGAAAGGUGACAAGACUUACCCAAGAGUACGAUCACCAACAAUUUGGGGUUUACGCUGGGUCUUCAGACUGGCUCAUUCCUUGCUUGGUCGGUGGUGGUAGUGGGUGUGUGACUGGAAUUGCCAACGUUUUCCCAAAGUCCGUGGCAAGACUUUACGCCCUGUGGAAUGCCGGAGAUAUUAAAGAAGCCAGGAAGUUGCAAGGGCUGAUAGCGCAGGCGGAAAAAGCAUGCAAGGAAGGAAUCGCAGCAACUAAAUAUGCUGCCUUCUAUUUCGCUGGAGCAGCCGCUGGGUUAAAUGACCCAAAGGCCUUCUGGCCUCGAAGGCCGUAUGCCCCUUGCAGUGCAGAGAAGGCUGCAUGGGUGGAGAAAGUGAUGUUGCAUUUGGUGGAGUUGGAACAGAGCCUCCCCGAUGCUGUGUAA